AUGAUGUCAUCGGUUCUAAAGGGCAAGAUUUUGAAACCGUUUCUUAAGUUUACGAAAAACCUUUCUUCAAAUAAACUUCAUAUGAGUUUAUUAAAAGGUGUUUUGGAGCUGGAAACAAUAGAAUUAGAAGAAAAUGCUUUAAUGGAACUUCUUGAUCUGCCAACUUGGUUACUUUUACGUAAAGCACAUUGUACAAAUGUUGUAGCUAAAAUACACUGGACAAAGUUAAAAACUCAUCCUGUCCUCAUUAGUAUUGAUCAUAUAAAUAUUGAGUUGCAAGCUCUGGAUGAACCACGUCCAACUUCACAUUCGCCUACAGCUAAUUAUAGAGGUGGAUCUGGUAAAUAUGGGUUUAGUGAUAAAGUAAUUGAUGGAGUUACUAUUCAAGUGAAUUCAGUUUUUAUUGAGUUCUUCGCUCAAGCCUUUCAGGGCUCAGUUGAAUUGUCCAGGUUUUGUGUACUGAGUAAAUCACCGAACUGGCAAAAUUGUUUGUUAAAUUUAAGCACUCUGACAUUACCACAAUAUGAUUCGAUAUUGAUGUUCAAAGAAGUCUCUUGGGAAUCGGCACGUAUUGUGGCUGAUGGUCUACUAACUGAACUACAUGGUACACCAGUUAAACUUAUAACAAAUCAAUCUCGUGUGCGUUUAACAAUGAAAAAGCGGUUAUCUGAUGGGUCACUGAUCAGUUCUCGUAUUCGUCUUAUACUAGACGAUAUACUUUGGGUAUUUACAUCAUCUCAAGUUGAAGCAGCCAUUGUAUUUGCACGUUCUUUAGAACAUUCAAUACGUUUAGCUAAUGAACAGAGUAAACGAUUCGCAGCAGAGAAAGCUAAGCGACAAACCGUCACUUUGGUUUCAUCAUCAGAAACUCAGUCUUUGGUGAAUAAUAGUUACAAUAACAAUAAUAAUGGCAGUAAUAUUAACUAUACUACUAAUAGUAAUAUUUACCCCAUGGUAGAAGUGCGAAAUAUCAAAUGCACAGAGGAUUAUGCAAAUGCUGUGAAUAUGUUUCAUCAAUAUGAUGUUUUGGAAACAUCUUAUCAUUUGAUUGUUAAUCGGACAGAAUUGCACUUUUGUGAUGAAACUAAAGAAAAAAUUAAACUCAAUCCAAACAUUGUACCGAAUGGAUCAAUGCGGGUUAAUUUAACCAUAUUAUCUAUAGAUUGGUAUCCAUAUCAUUUAGACUUGUCACCAGAACUACCUUGGCCUGGUUGUCGAGAAUUCCACAGUGCACGUGAUAAUUGGUUAAAAGGUAUUAAUCCUAUUCAUUUUACCUAUGGUGGUCGUAAAGUAUUCAGUACAAAUUCUUCAACUGUUUCUACUGAUAAUCAAUUUGUUAUAUUGGAUUGUGGUUUCUUGCAGACAGUGAAUACAUCAAUUUUACAAAGUGUUGGUAUUCUACGAUUAGUUGACAUCACUGUAUCAUGUGUAUCUUAUCCGAAUUCCGUGUUGAAGCCGGGUGAUCCAUCUACAUUGUUUUCAAAAUCUUCGCAAACCAAUAAAACAUUUUUCGACAAUAACAACAGUGCACGUAUAAAAGCUGAAAUUCCAAUUGAUAAAAAUCUUUUCAUUGGAUCAGAUAAAUUGUUACAUAAUCUACCUGAUGCAUCAUCAUUUCUUACCAUUGAAUUUAAAAAUUAUUAUUGUGUAGAUAAUACACCAAGCCCAAGUUCGUCAAAUCAAUCUUUACCAUGUUCAUUGUUUUGUCAAAUCAAUCCAUUUUAUAUAAAUUUCGAUCCAGAUACUGUUAUAUGGUUGAAUACAUUUCUAUUGGCAUUACAGUCAAACUUGUCAACUUUUUUGUGCGGCAGAGAUAUGAAGAAUCCAUCGAAUCAAUCAAACAGACUGUUUGAUUUAAAUCGAUAUCAUGUCCGUCUUGAAGCUUUGAUGCCUCGUUUGAUAUUCUCACUAUUUGGAAAGUCCAAUCGUCAUACGAAUUCAUCGAAUUGGAUUGGACCACACGCACUUAUUUUACAAUCAGAUCAAAUUAUCGUACAGUCACUAGCGGCUCCUAUAUCAUCACAUGUUGCUGAUUGUUUGAAGAAGCUAUUAGAUAAUUUGCAAUUGAGUUAUGGUCAAUAUGAUACCAGUUGCAUGGGCAAUAAUCCAUUCAUUUCUCAAGCUGUUCCGCACAAAUCACCAGAUUUGUCCAAAUUCCAAAAACUAGUUCAGUCAGCUACAGAAUUACAUAGUUUAUGUCCCAAUUUCGAAGAACAAUUUUGGUGUAUUCACUGUCCAAAUGUAUGGAGUGAAUUUCUUACAAUAGUUGAUAUGACGACAUACCAUUCUGUUCAUCUUGCUAACAACGAUCAUCGAAUAAAUGAUUGUGUAAUAUAUCGUCAAUCAUUAAUUGAAUCUCUUCCUUUAACUAUAUGGUCAUUAAUACCAAUUAAUAUAUCGAUGCCUUCAACAGUUAUCAACGAUAAUCAACCAUUCAAUCAUUCUCCAAUAUCGUUGAUAAUUGAUAUUGACAAUAAAUUAAUCCCUAUGGAUUCAAAAUCAUCAUCCUCACAUAUGAUAAACCAAUCAGUAGAUCAAUAUCCAAUCAAAUUCUUUUUAGGUUCUACAGAUCAAUUACACACUAAUCGUAUUUUAUUAUCACGCCUUAUCAAAAUUUCUACCAUGAACAGUGAAAAACUGAGAAUUCCUGACACAUUAGAUCAGAUCAUAUUUUUGUAUUAUAUAUAUCAGCAAAUUUCUUAUGUACAAACACGUUUGUGCUUAGAUUAUCAGGCAUUUACACAAAUCACCGAAAGUCGAUCCACAUUAUCAAUCAGUCCACAAUCAAAUCAUAAUUACCACAAUUUGUUAUGCUGUGUAGGUUUUUCCACACUGCGGUCAAUUGAGCUGGACGUAAAUGUUUUUCAUCAUCAAGAAAAUGAAAUUCGUAUGAAACAAGUAUCGUCUCCUAGUUUCACGGAGAAUAAUAUUGACACUAGUCUACAGAAUACUCCAAACGUAUCUGCUACAUGUGUCAACUUUUUUCCGAAUAAAUGUUUAUCAACUACUUCAUUGUCAUCGUCAUCAUCACCAUCAUUUUCAACAAAAUUCUCACAUAAUCUUACUCCACUUUCUGCUGCUGCAAUGCUACCAUUGUCGUCGCAGACACCGAUUUGCCGUCAUCACUCCAUGUUUACACCCUCAUGGGAUUCGUUAUCAUUAAAAACCGAAGGUUCUGUGUUGGACAAUAGUAAAUCGAAUAGGACUAAUCUUCGGAAAUCAAUGCGUGGGCGCAUUAAUUCCUCAGAUGAUAGUCCGCAAUUUUUAACACAAAAUGAUAGUGAUCGUGGUAUUGGAACUACUGAUGGCGCUAAUAAUAAUAGUAAUAGAUGUACGAAUAAGUUAGUAAAUUCCGAUUUAUCAUCAGCCAAAAUGCUUUUAAUGAAACGUAAAACUCAUUCGACAGUUACGUUUGUCAAUAAAAAAAAUGAAUGUAAUGGGGAUGACCGAAACAAACAGUCACAAAAUAAACCUCUCUCUGAACAAGAUCUUUUUAUGCUUAAUCCUGUUGCGGAUGGAGUUUGGGCAAACAAUUCAUCUACAAAUAAUAUAAGUCAACAGUUUUCUAUUUCCAGUGAUUUAUCUGAUCUACAAAGUAUAUCCAGUUCGAUGGAUGACUGGACUAAACCAUAUGAAGUUUUAUCUAAUUUGAAUUCAUCGUGUACAUAUCAAACCAACGAUAUGUUAUGGCCACACCUCAAUCAUCAGCAUCUGCCCAACUCUUCAUCAUUUUUAUUAAGUCCAGAUGAGAUUGGUUCGGAAUUGUUAGACGCAGAUGUCUUUACACCAUAUACAUCGAAUACUUCCGCUGCAGCUACUAUUACUACUGCUAAUAGUUUGACAGCAGCAAUGGAAAAGUAUCAUGAGCCAAAAUCAGAGGAAAAUAUUACUGAUCAUGAUAGAUUUCGCCGAUGGAAAAAGUCAAAUAUGUCGAGUGUAAUUAUACAGUUGACUGGAUUUUCAUUUGAAGCGGAUGCUAUGAAUUUAGAAACACGUCUUUGGAUUGUAUUUAAGUCACUCCAAUUAUUUAUGAAACCCGAAGAAUCAUUUCAUUGUUCCACUGCUUCAUCUCGUGCUGAACCUCACUCAAAACAACAUAAUGAAUUCGUACAGUCUGAUUAUUUAUGGUCGAUUUUCCUAAGUUUUGGUGGUGAUCCAACACUUGAAGUAACAAAACUAAAGCCUCCAACUAGCUAUAUUUAUCCAUGGUUAUAUGCAAAUGCUACUUUAUUAAAAGACUGGAGACUCAUUAUUCCAUCAAAUAUUCAAGAAUUAUUUAUUCACGUAUGGCAUCAGAUUGGCAGCCAUGAAGACAUAAAUCUAUUCAAUUCUUCUCUGCUUAGUAACAUACAUGGAGUUAGCGUGGAUAAUAAUAAUAAUAAUAAUAAUAAUAAUAAUAAUAAUAAUAAUAAUAAUUCAAUUAGUUCACCUCCAAGAUGUGCAAUUCGUUUAUUGUUAAAACAAGGAAAUUUAUCACUGGAACUGGGAUCAUGUGUCAAUGAAAAUCCAGAACAAUUAAAACUCUUCAGACAGUUGUUUCUGCAACAAGGAUUGAUUAUUGAACUAACAGAAUAUGGUGUAUUUCAAAUUGCAUUUGACAAAUGCACAGUGAAUAUGGAACAAGUUAAUAAUAUGGAAUGUGUGAAUCAUUAUCGUAACCGUACAAUGAGUAUUGACAAAAAGUUAUUAUCCUCUUACUCUCCAGUAAACACUCCCAGUGAUUUUCAUAAUAUCCUAAUCAAUCGAUAUGCAUUUGAGAAUAAAAUAUUGAAAGAUAAGGUAAAGUUAACUCUAAGUUUAUGAAUUAUUUUUUUAGAUCCAGUUCCAUGCUUAUAUUUGUAUGAUGCUCAAUGACUAUUAAUACGUUGUAUUAAUGCAUAUACUUACUUGACUGAAACUUGUAUCUUGUAAAAAUAAAACUUAACUAAGUAGAUCUUUUGAUGGGAGUGUUCACUAUGGAGCUGAGAUCAUUGACUGAAAAGAAAGUUUGAUCGACGAAUAUGAUAAUAAAAACAGCAACGUAGAAUCUUGUCCGUCAAUAAGACGAUUUGAAGUCUCACAUUGAUAUGUGAGAAAAUCAUUGAGAUGAAAAGAAGUGUAAACUAGUCGAAACUCACUUUCUUUGUCCUUUGAUAAACCAUGAUGACAGAUAUCUUCAGAUGUUGUAAAGGAAAGGACGCGAUGUGCAAUAUACCUUAAAUACAAGUGAACUAACAUACGCACAUCGAAUUUCUUAUUCAGAGCAACUUACCCUUCAUUUGGGGGACAAAUGUGUAUUGGUCGAAUUUGCUUCACCACUUGGCAAAUAUGUUAGUCAUUCAUCGUACAUGAGUUUUGUCAUUUUUUAAACAGUAUAUGAAACAUCAAGAGACAUUUAUGCCAAUAUCUUUAAUCAGGACAGAUAUUGCACAAUGGUCCUGAUUUCAUGAGUUUUACUGCCAGCCCCCCAAAUAUGUUAUGGUAAUUCGAAAGCAGAACUAGAUUUCUGAGUAGCUUACGAAUUAAUAUCUGAUCACCGAGUAAUAUAUGAAACUCUAAGCCGCCACAGUUCAUAAUUAAGGGGUCACAGUUAUCAUUCAGAUGCUUAAAUCGAAAUCAAUUUCGACCUGCAACUUAAUUCAGUUGUAAUUCCAGAACCCCUGCCCUAUGAGACUAUUCAUGAAAAUGCAAAAGUGAGCCAUUUGUUAGUAACCAAGUGCAGAUUGACCCAUUUGGUUUUAACCCAUAAAUUUUCGAUCCAAACUGAAUUAAGCAGAGUCAAAUUACAAACUUUUAACCCAAUAGCUGAAUUUUGAUUAUUCUUUUCAGUAGUAUACAUUCAGUGCGUUUGACAAUUUUACAUACCAUUUAAGUAGAUACACAUUCCGUACCCACCUAGUAAGGAUGUUAAUAAAAUGCUCAAACUAAUAGUGUCUGUGUGCCAAAAAGCUGGUGUAUAUACCUCCAAUUGAAGUCAGUUAAUGAUAUGAACUCCCUUGAAGUCUAACAACCUCCAUGAAUGGACGGCUUUGAAUUAUUGUCACGCUGUAUCGAAGAUUAACGAAAAUUCAGAAUGUAGAACACUGGAUGUUGACUUGGGAUGUGAGUUCGUAUUACUUGGAAGAAACAGUUAUGCAAUCACCCCUAGCUUUCAUUGUUUAUCUAGUUGGUGCCAAUCCAUGAUGAAACCCAACUAACAAACACAUCUUCAUAAAUUACUUAUCUUAAUAGAUUUUAUAAUUAUUAUUGUAGAUUGAGGCCUUGACAAAUGAAUUAAUGAAACUAAGAUCAAUGCAUAAUGCUUAAUACUGAUCAACUAUACCGAAAAUAUGAUUUACCAUAUAUUUAUAGAAUACUACAAAUUAUACAGGUAUUUCUCGCUUUGACAACGAUUUCACUGACUAUUUUUUUUCUAUCAAAAAAGGGUUUUCCAUGUGAGGGUGGAUGCCGUUUAAUUUUUAAUGCAGAGAAACUAAUUGUAUUCAUAAUUUUAGUCAGAAAUAAAAGUCUCCCUGUUAUUUUUCUACCGAUCAUUAUCUCAUAACAAUGUACAUGUCAGUGCACUUGUCUGUUUAUCACACAUGGACAGAUCCAUGAUAGGAAAUCAUUUUUGAGAUGUAAAUACAGUUAUUUCUCAAUCACCCACCGUAAAUUAAACUCCAAUUUGUGUACAGUUUCCACUUAUCGAUUUAUUUAGUAAUAGUUCCAUGAACUUGUUUUGUACUUUUUUUCUUGGGUCACUUUCUUUGUCUUACUAUUUAUUGUUGAUUUAUCGAAUUCAAAAUAUAUUGACUGCUUUUUUUAUUAAUCAGCAUUCUUUAAUCACUCAGCGUUUUUUCUUUGUCCACUAGAAGAAGAAAGAAACAAGAUAUACAAAUACAUACAUAACAACAAAAGAUGGUUUUGUUCUUUUGGAAUGAUCUUCUACCCUGUUUUCGUCGUUCGCCCGCACACACAAUGCGGCGCCCGAACCCCACUAGUAAAUAGCAAUAUAUGUUUCCCUCGAUGAAUCUGGAGAUGGUUUUCGCCAUGCAUCAAUAUCAUCUGGAAAAUCACUAACAACUGAGUUCGCUAGGGAGCUGUUUCGUCCCAGAGUGAGACUCUUCAAAAAAUCGCACCGAAAACCUCCAGGUCUCGUGUCGAGUACCAUAGUUUUUCACUUUUGGUCGUGAUAAAUUGGUUUAUAUUUGAGAUUUCAGUCCCAUGGGUCAUAGUUUUCCCACUCUGGACAUUUAGGGGGGUUUCUAUGUGAUUUUAGGUUUUUGUACUUGAUGUGGAAAAGUAUCCAUGUAGCCCCAAAUGACUUUAAGCUCUAUCGAUGGUUGUAAUUAAGGCUUUUUCACAGUUCCACAAUUACGGAAGACAUCAACAAAAUACUACUUAAUUACUUAUUAUUGUACAUAAACCGAAUUACUUCUUAUCACUACUUAUACUUCAAGAAUAAUAUUCAAGGUAGAUCAAAACGGUGGUUAAUUGUCGAAUUUGAAACCUUUAUAAAACGUUAUGUGCACAUGAUGGUAUCCACAAAUCUCCUUUUUGAAAAAUGUUCUGACGUUCCAUAGUAUUCAUUCACGGGUAUCUUUAACAAAUCCUUCUCAACUAAUCUUAUACCGAAAAUUUGGAGAAAGAUAAAGAUAAUCCGUGUACAUAAGAAAGUAUCUGGUGGUAUGAAUGAGAAAUUUAGACCCAUAGCAAUAACUUCACCUUUACUCAAAACAAUGAAAAUAUUAUUGAUACUCCCACUUUAACCUGCAAUAAAAGGGCGCAUUGAUCCGUAUCAGUUUGCUUACAAAUGCAAAAGAAGCACCUUAGAUGCCGUUGCUGUUCUGCAUCACAAUAUAGUGUUCAGCUUAGAAAGGGGUAAUAAGUAUGAUCGAUGCACUUUCCUGUAAUGUACUUCUGCUUUUGAUCCUAUCCCAAGACAACUUUUACUUAACAAGUUAAUCAGCGUCGACACAGACAGCUGGACGAAUAACUGGCUAUUUUCCUACCUCUCUGGAAGAGAAUAGUACACUGUCUAGAGGAAAGUGUUUAAUGUCUCUACUGUCUAAUGAACGUUUGCCACAAAGAACUGUCCUUUCACUUAUAUUCUGCGAUCUUCCGCAGAAAAAACUUGUGAAAUAUGCGGAAGAUCUCACUGUCUGUGUGCUGAUUUCUACCUCUUUACAUCCCAUAGAAAUGAUUAAGUUUUUGUCUCGUAUUGAACGGUGGUCUGUUAUUAAUGGCCUCAUUCUUAACCCGUCUAAAUGUCAAGCUCAUAACUUUAGAGACAUUAACAGCACCUAAACACCUUUUUGGGAUCCUAUAAUGCUUGUGCCAUUGGAGACUUUUUGGUAAACAGUGUCGAAGGUCAACUAUUUUGGUAUUACCCUUUCCUCUAAUCUCUCUUAGUCUUCUCGUGUUUUACUGUUACCAAAGAAAGUUUUCUAUUUGAUUUACUAUAUGAAGAGGCAGCAUGCUUUUGUUGAUUCCUACAUAUUACUCUUUAAUAUUCUCCAUUAUUCUUUUCCGAGCUUUUGAGAAAAGACUUUGCUGAAUUGCGGAGUGCUGAAAGCAGUUAGGAAGGUGAUAUGGUGAAUCUUUUGAGGUCAUUAUUAAUAUGGUUGUGGAUAGACAUCUAAAGUCUUGCAAACUCCUGAUAGGUGUUAUCUUAUUAGAUACUAAUCAUCCACUUCAUUCAUAUUUUUCUCCUUGUAUAUCUUCAGGUAGAACGAGAUGUAAAUACAUUAAAAUCCAUGCACGCAAGCAAAGGUAUAAAAGUUCUAUGAUACCUUACCUAGCUAAUGUACUCUGCGACGAACAAGUUGUUAAAGUUAACCAAGUCAAUAACCUGUAUUCUUAAACAUGUUUCUAAUUUAAAACGUUUUACAAAUUCAGAUCUUUUCUUUUUUGUUUAUGUAAAAGAAACUUAUUGAAAUAAAUUGUGCUGAGAAUUCUAUAUUGUACCAAAAUAUAAUAUUGAAUAAAACCAUUAAUAAUAAUCACUAGCAGAUUUUCUUGUAAACAAAUAUGCAACACUGGACUACGUUUUUCCUCAACUUAUUACUGACUUACGCCUGUUGUCCCAUGUGGAGGAGCAUAGACCGCACACUAGUAUUCUCCAUCCAACUCUGUCCCAAGCAAUCCUUUCUAGUUCUUUCCAGUUAACAUUCAUCCUUUUCAUAUCUGCUUC